AUGUCGGCAAAACACUCGCACAGGAGUGAUGGUCAGAUUUCACACCAUGGACUUCCGCCCUUUAGAUCCUACUCGGAGAAUGUGGGUUUAAGAGUACGACCGGAAAGACAUGUUAGGAGGAAGUGGAAUAAAGAGCAGUUGGAGUAUAUGGAGAGGUUGAGGAGAGAGAAAGUCGAGAGGGUUGGAUAUGGAGAGGAUGGAGUGGGAAAGAAUUAUGACAGGAAGGAUAACAAGACUAGAGGAUGGAUUAAAUGGGAAAAAUGGAGGUUUAGUAUUGGUUUUGUUCUUUUCAAUCUCGUCGUUGCCUUGCCUCUCGCAUACCUCGUCGCCAAAUACGCAGUCUUCCCCCCAUGGCAAUGGAUAACCUUCAUAUUAUCCCACCAUGCAAUAUUAGCCGCAAGCUACGAGAAAACAAUGAACAUUCGAGAUCGAAUAAUCAGAGAAGAAGAAGAUAAAUUAGAAUUAGAGAGAUGGGAUGAAGUAGUUAGGAAACUAGAAGAUGCAUUGAGGGAUUCUAGACGCGGGAGAUUAAUGCUAGGAAGGGUGGAGAAUGGAUUGAUGGGGAUGUGGGAGGGUGAGGGAAGAGAGAGGAGAUUGAGGAGGGAGGAUGAGAAGGAGAAGGAGAAUGAUGAAGUUGCGAGAGAGGCGGUCGAUAGGAAGUUAGAGGAGAUGGAGUAUGCGAGGCGUAGGGGGGCGGUUAUUGAUAGGGAGCUUUGGGUGGAGUUGAAGAGGAAACAGGUGGGUUUUGAUAGGGUGGCUCAGUAUGGGAGGGAUGAGGGGAUUAAUGUUGAUGGUAGGUGGAGGGGGAGGACUUGGUGGGAAUUGUGUGAGGCGGAGGGGGUUUUGGGGGUGUGA